AUGUAUGAAAUACAAAUUUCCGCAGACCUCACUGAAUUCUUGAUUGCCAUGAAUGGCAUUCGAUACAUCCGCCGCAAAUGCAAAGUUUCGAAGAUAGAACUGAAGUUUUCAAAUAGUACAUCGGAUAAAUGGAAAUUAAUGAUCGGUAGUGAAGAUGGAGACCAUAUAGACGACGUCGUAAAGGAACUUAACAAACUGUCCAAUUAUUUUGGAGUCCGAUCACAAAUAUAAUAAUAUCAAAAUUGUUCUUGUAAACACGGCACACUUCGGUAUAUUUUAACCGCUCAAAUAUAUUUACUCUCAGUGAAUUCAUUCCAGGACUUUAUUUACCCCCGGUAAAAAUAUCUUUGGAUAUCUUUACCUCCUCAGAUAAAUUAAAGGGGGUAAAUAUAAAACAGUGUAGGGGGUAGGUUAGUUUAUACUAUUAUAUAUUUGUCCCUUUUAAUUUAUCCAAAAGCGUAAAUAUAUCAGAGGAUAUUUUUCCCGGGAGCAAAUAAAUCUAAUGAUAUUUUUGGAGGGGUAAAAUUUAUUAUGGGAAAAAUAUACUGCCAUACCGGUUGUAAUAAUAUGCAGUUUUGAUUUUUUGUGUUUUUUUAUAUGUUCUUUAUUAAAUAUUUAUAUUAUGAACACAAACAUUAUUAUUUAUAUAUAAUAUGUAUCUUUACAACCAAAUUAAAUAUUAUUACGAUAUUAAAUGAACGCAAUAUUUUAUUCAAACGAUCGCACAAUGAUAAAGAUGUCGAUUGUUCGCCGGUAAUUUAUACGUGUUUUAAUUAGUAUAGGAUACAGUUACUUAUUAAAACACCUAUAUGCCGAUACACCUAAUAUUAAUAAUAACAAAUAUAAUUAUUAAUUCGACGAGAACAAACGGUUUUGCGAGUACUUAGGUUAUUGUCUAGUUGGUAUUUUUAAACUAUUAGUUUUAUUAAAAAUAUGUGUUCUUUUUUUUUUAAUCUGAUAUACUUUUUAAUAAAAUAAACAUCAUUGUAAAACCAUACGGUUCUUCGCUUCACUCAGAAUCUAAAAACAAAAAACGGACAAAGUGAUUGAAGCGUUGGAAAUUUCGAUAAUUGUUUCAAAUAAAAUCUUAUUGAUUGAUAAAAUAUAUUAUUAUAAUUAAACACCAUCGAUCGGAAAUUGUGCACCUGUUAAUGCAGUGUGUAAAAAUAAUCAAAGCAUAUAAUUGUAAAAGUGUUUUCCGAAGAGCAAAAAAUACGUCUUUGUAAAGCGAAUUACCUCUUCAUUGUAGAGAAUCUAAAAUAAUAAUAAUAGUGUCAAUAAAAAAAAAAACUCUGUUUUAUCGACAGUCAACUUCAUAACCAACUAAACCAGUCAGUGUAAUGUGUUUUCUAUGUUAGUUUUUUAUCUAAAAAAAAAAUAAUCUUUCCAAGAUUAUUCCCCUUGUCAUGUCCCAUAAUAAUUCAUGUAUUAUCUCACGAUGGCUUUGACUUUUUGUGAUUGUUCAAAUAUAAUAUUAUAAAAGGGUAACUCGAACUUGUUUCAAAUCUCCGUUUUGAAUUGCGUACCUACCUACAUUAUUACAUUUAAUCUAAAUCAGUAGGUACCCACGCGUUAUUAGUACAAACGUUGUCAUUUAUAUACGAUAUUUAUGUUUAUACCUAUUAUAUUACGAUAUUAAAUAAACGUGAUAUUUUAUUCAAACGAUCGCACUGUGUUAAAUAUGUCGUUUAUUGGCCGGUAAAUUGAUAUAGGACACAGUCACUUAUUAAAACACCUAUACUAAUAUACCUAAUAUUGAUGAUAACAAUUAUAAUUGUAAUAAACCUUCGACGAGAACAAACCGUUUUGCGUGUACUUUGGUUGUUAUCUAGUUGGUAUAUUUGAACUAUUAAUUUUAUUAAAAUAUGUAUUUUUUUUCACCUGAUAUACUUUUUAAUAAUUUUCAAAUUGUAUUCACAUCGUACGUUAAAAACCGUUUGAUUUUAUUGUAUUGAUCUAUCGAUAUCACAAUACUUCCCCAAGCCUUCCAUUCCACAAACAGUGGCUGCCUAUUCGUGGUGCGAACUAUAUCUAGAUUUUCUUGAAUUUUUUAUUCUGUAGAAAAUACGUACCAAUUUAUUCAAUUUCCCAAUAACUGCAGAUAGUAUAGUAACCUAACCCGAGUAGUUUUCCGUAAAAAAUUGACGGAUAUUAUUUUCAUCCUAGCUUCCCGAUACAAAACGGAACGCUACUGUAAUAAUCGUUCAAACAGUCUCGCUACUCGUCUAGAUAUUGCGUCGUAUAUUUUUUCGGAGGCUGUUACAAAUCAAUAUUGUCUAGUUGCAAAUCUAUAUAAAUUAUACAACAACCGUUGACGUGGUUUUUGGGUAGAAUUUUUAAUCCAAGGGUGCCAGCGUAACAUAGUUUUAUUUACAUUUAAAAAGGUAGAUAUAAUAAUAUUCAACAGAUACGAAGUGGAUCUGUUAAAAUUUCAUGUCUACGAAUAUUUUAAAUUGAAUUACAAAACGGACAUACUUUUACAUAAUAUAAAAUUGACAAUAUCGAGUUAUUUAACAUAACAUACAACAUCACACACAAUAUAUGCAUAAUAUUAAAACUUCAAAAAGCUAUUAUAAUUUCGAAAUUAAGUCAGUCCACGCAAUUCUGACUUCAUCAUCGUUCUUAAAUCGGCAAUAUACAUAUUAUGUUCAAAACAAAAAAGAAACAAAUUGAUCAAGAAUUAGAUUAGUUCCACAUAAUUUUUCUAAAUAUAAUAAAAUUUCUCUAACGUAAGACGAUUCCCUGGAACCCGAUAGCACACAAUAAGUUACAAGUAGUGUAGUAUUUUUUCGCUACGAUGAAAUUCUUUUUUUAAAUUGAAAAGCUACGAGAAGAACGACCAUAGUCAAUCGAUCGUCAACAUGAAGACAGUCCAAUGAACCCACGAAUUCAAUUAAGAAGAAACCAUUAUGAUCUGUGGUACCAAAAGAGGGGCAAGUGAUCAGUCUAUAUAUUACCUCUAAUUUGGGCUAUGAUCCCCGUAAUUAUCCUUCAAUUAUUUGGGUAAAAAAAAAAAAUCUUUAGCAUCGCGGUUAUAAACCACUAAUAUAUUAUUACGUUAAAGGUAAAAUUAUUUGGUUUUAAUAUUUUUGAUUGGAAUGCAUGUUAUAUUUUAUUUUUAUAUUAAACGAGCUUAAGACAAAAGUCCUAGCCACAAAGUACACACGGUAAUAAUAAAAAUAAUACAGAAUAACAAUUACAACAAUUGAUGCUUCAAAAAGAUAUAUACUUUGAGAGAAGACGGAUGCUCAUUUGCCAAUUUCAUUAGUCGAUUAAUUGGUUCAUUAAAUAUUACAUAAUUGGUUGAACAUAGAGGAAUGUAAAAAAUUGUUUUAUGCAAGCGAGUAUGACGUGAAGGUACUCAAAAAUCAACAAACGAAAGUAGACAGAGGAAAUCGAUAUUGGAAGAGAUUAGAUUUGAGAGGAAAAAAAUGUUAUGAGAGUAACGGCGGUCGGCUAAGAAAGAUGAUAAUCUGAGAGACUGAGUUUAGUGGUGAGAGCAGGGAAAUUUUAAUAUGCAACUUACAUAUGUGGAUUGGGGAACGUUUUUCGGACGUUUUUUAUAGUUGACGAUUAGAAUUAUCCGCAGAACCGUAUUCAAGAAAUGGCUCUGAUGAGCGCACAAUACACAGUCUCGAGCGAAUUUGAUAAAUAAAAUUCAUCCGACUGGUCUCAACAAUCUCAGCUGUAAACUUCGCACGUAACGUCAUUGUAAUGUGUGAUCGCGGGGAUAAAAAGGGUACGAAAAAAAAAAAAUGUAUAAAUGUUAUGAAAACACGCUCAAAACUGUCAGACGCGUAGUCAAUGUGACGGGCACGCGAGUUUUAUUUUAGGAAAAGGUCUCGGAAAAUCGUAUCGUCGUGUUGUCGUCGUUGCCGUUACGGCACGGUGGCGUGGGUGUAGAAAACACAGUUUUUUUUUAUCGAAUCGGACGACGACGUUGUCGGUUUUUCGGAUAAAAGGCGACGGAACGUUUUGUUGGCAACUAAAGCGAGCCUCUCGGCAACGGCGAAAGCACGACAAGUUUUAGUAAUUGCAAUAGUUUUUACAGUCGUCGUCGUUGUCGGGUAAAAAAUAUAUAGUGAAAAACGCGAAAGUCACAGCUGAACGAAAAAAAUACAAAAUACGAUGUAGGAUUAACGCUAUAAUUAUAUAAUAUAGGAUAGUUUCGGUUAGCGUUUAGCGACUCAGUUACACUUAAAAUAAUUCAAUUUCAUAAUCAAUUACUAUUUUCAUUUCGUGACGUGUGUUUUUUUUUUCCUUUUUUUAGGACGUAGUUUACGACCGCGAUUCGAAAAACCGUUUUGCGGCACAAGCUGGUCGGCGGAUAUCGCGAGACGGACCCGACGCUGCCAUCUGUCGGUCGAUUUACCGGUUCGCGCGAAAAGCUCCCGAACAUUUGCUGGCGAUAGAUUACGCGUUGGUUAUGCGCUCGACUAAAAAAUAUCAUUAUUGUAUUCAACAUAACAAACUCGAGAAAAUAAAAAUUGUCGAAUAG